GAGAGAGAGAGAAUGCGAAGCUAGACCAAAGGCCGAAGCUAAAGCUAAAGCGAAAGCGAAAGCGAUAUAUCCUUCUCCACCUGCCCAAAAGCUUAAAUCGCGUACCACUGGCUACUCUUCGGAUCUCUGGUGUUGCCAACUCGUCUUUCUUGCGAUCGAUGGCCGAGGAGAGGCUGGAGGUGGUGGUUUUGCCGUUCCUGUGAGAUCGAUCUCCUGGCGCUGGCUUGGUUGGUUGGGUAGGAGGGGGUGGGACAUGGAAGGAACGAGGGAAGAGGGAUUCAGAAUCGGAGUGAGAGGCGAUAGGUGCUGCCACUGGGUGAUCAUCAGCGGGUUCUACUGCUGGGGCUGGGAGUUCUUGACUGCUCUCCUGCUCUUCUCGUGCCGCUGAUCAUCUUCCAACCAAAUCAGUUUGUUCUCUUAGGUUUCACUCGUUUUGUUCUUUUCCUUCUUUCUUGUUCUUAAACGAAGAAAAGAGAAGAAGCAAGAUAUUUGUUAGUAAUUUUUUUUUUUUUUAAAAGAACUUUGGUAGUGGAGGGAUUAAGAAAGGAGAGAGGAUGGCAGCAAAAAAAGGUGGUCGUCAGAAUAAUAAUAAUAGUAGUAGUAGUUGUUGUAAUGGUAGGAGUGGGGGAGGACCGGCGCCGUUCUUGACGAAGACCCACCAGAUAGUGGAGGAACGGGGGACGGAUGAGGUGAUAUCGUGGGGGGAUAAGGGGAGGUCGUUCGUUGUGUGGAAGCCGGUGGAGUUCGCAAGGGAUCUCCUCCCGGCUCACUUCAAGCACAACAAUUUCUCCAGCUUCGUCCGCCAGCUCAACACCUACGGCUUCCGCAAGGUGGUGCCGGACCGGUGGGAGUUCGCGAACGAGAACUUCCGUCAAGGGGAGCAAAGGCUCCUCCGUGAGAUCCGCAGGAGAAAGGCGGCGCCGCCGCAGGCCCCGCCGGCUGGGAAAUCGAACGCGGGCCAACACCACCCUCAUCCGCCUUCUUCAACCUCCAACUCCGGCGAAGUCCACAGCUCCUCCUCCACCUCCUCCCCCCCGCCGCCGCCCCCGCCGCCGCCCCAGCAGCUUUUUAACUGGACCAACGAGAACGACAAACUCAAGAAAGACAACAAGAGACUGGGAAACGAGCUGGCACAGGCCAAGAAGCGCUGCCGUGAGCUCCUUGGCGUCCUCUCCAAAUUCAUGGACGUCGGCGCGCUCGACAUUGGCCUUCUGAUGCGAGAAAAGGGACUAAUGGAAGCAACGUUAUGGCGAGAAGAAACAAAGAACGAAAAGAUUGUGGAAGAGGAGGUGGGAAAGAAAGAAGAGGGACCGAGGCUUUUCGGCGUCUUGCUGAAGGGGUUCGAGGGCGAAGAGAGUAAGAAGAGUAAGAGGGAGAAGAGGAGGCGGUGCGAGGAGGGAGGAGAGGUGUGUGGGGCCGGAGAGAGGCCCAUGAAGAUGGGCUUCGGUGCCCCCUGGAUGAGGUUGUCGACGCCGGUGCAACAGGGCAGUGGCAAAGUCUACAACUGAGCUGAGUCUUUUCAGUUAAUUGGCAAGAAUUCUACGUACAUAGGGCUUGUAGUAAUUAAACAAGGAAAUUUCUGUAAUAGCAUGUAGUUAUAGGAAAAUGGAAUAGAUGGUGGAGCUCAAGGAUUGCUCCUAUAUUUUCUUCGAAGUUAAAGGUAUGAGAGAUUACUGUAUGGGACUGGGUGUGAAGUUGCACCAACAUACUAAUGUUUAUCGGUUGGAUUUUAUGUAAUGCUCGUUUUAUUGGA